CACGGAGAACUGUAGCCUGUCGUCUGAUCUUGGGACCGUUUCACGUAACAUCUUUAUUGCCGCAACAUCUGGGGAAGUAAUUAAUUUGCAACUUCAAUACCAAAUACAGUAACAUAUACGGCGCAAUCCAGGCAUGGAAAACCUGCUGCGACAGCGCUACUGUUUUCUCUGUCACACCUGCUUAAGAACUGAAAAAAGGACGAAGAUCGGAAAGAUGCACCCGUUGAAGGUACUUCAGAUGAUUACCAUUGCAUUCUCCUUGUUCGUCCAGUCGGUUUCGUCCGAGACGCUGUGCGGCGGGGAGCUGGUGGACGCGCUGCAGUUCGUGUGUGGCAGCCGGGGGUUUUAUUUUAGUAGACCGACCAGCCGGUUCAACAGCCGGCGGACGCAGAACGGCAUUGUGGAGGAGUGCUGCUUUAAAAGCUGCAGCCUGCGUCUGCUGGAGCAGUACUGCGCAAAGCCGUCCAAGUCCGAGCGGGAUGUGUCCGCCACUGCACUCCCUGCUGUGACAGCCCUGCCAGUGAUAAACAAGGAUGUCCCAAGAAAAUCCUUGACCGUGAAGUAUUCCAAAUAUAUAAUUUGGCAGCGAAAGGCAGCCCAGAGGCUGCGAAGGGGGAUCCCUUCAAUCCUUCGAGCCAAAUGCAGGCGGCAGGCAGGGAAAAUGAAGGCCCAGGAGCAGGUGACCCUCCACAGGCCUCUUAUCAUCCUCCACAGCAAUCUGCAUUCAGUCAUGCCGCCCACAGAAAACUAUGUCAUCAACAAAUGAAUUCAGGAUUGUUUGUACAGACAAGAGUUCAACAAAAAAGACCAGGGGAUUAUAGCUUUCUAUGACAUCACAACUAUGCCAGUCUUCUGAAGUCUUAAUCCUCGCCAUCUCUUACCCUCAUAUAUACACAUUCUCCUGUUUUUAGCUGUCUUUCUCUCCCACACACAUAUAUAUGCUCAAAUAAAAAAUAGGUAAAUACGAAAAACAAAAAAAAAGUGAAGAAAAGAAGAUGAAAGAGGUUUACGGCUUGGCAAGCAACAAGAGGACACAUAGCAGAAUGGUUUUAUUGGGGAGGAAAACAAAAUGUGAAAAGCAAGUAUAAAAGACUUCCAUUACAAGCCAGCUUUCAGAGAAAAGGGCACCUUUUUGUUCCAUAUUAGAUUGCACCUGUUACUAUAAAGAAGUAUAUCCACACUGUAAGGAAUUAUUUUAUUCAAUUAGAUUCCUGUUCCCGCACCUUUUAAUGAGAAACAAAAAUGCAGAAAAGAGCCUGCGAUUGCACAUUGCUAUGGAUUUUGUUUUAAAGUAAAUACAAAUUGCACUUUUUUUCUUUCCUUUUUUCAAAUAAUGAACAUGUAGCUCAAAAAUGUCCUGGUGCUACCUUUGGGAAAGGACUCGAAGUUUUAAAAGUUUAAAAAAGAUGCAGAUUUUUUUUUCUUUGAAAAAUGAUUAAACUUUCUGUUUUAGGAAAAAAGUGUGACUUUGGGAAAAAAAAUUGCUUGCAUUUGGAAAACCUGGAUUUUGUUGGAUACAGAGUGGUAUCCCACAAUGCACCGGUGUCAUGGAAGGUGGAUACAUUAGGGCAUCUGUACUGUUUGAAGUCAUGCUGUAGUGCUCACAAGGGGGAAGCGGUGUGGGGAUGAGCAGAGAGCCAGAGAGGUAAUGUUAUACCUCUGCGAAACCAACAAAAUGCCCCUUUGCUGUAAAAAUGAAAUAUUAUUUUGUUCUGACUGAACUUCAGUCAGUUGCAGAAAGUGUGACAUGUUUCUGUUUUUCUUUCCAUUCUUUGCUGAAAGCAAAAAGCAAAAAAAAAAGAUUAAAAAAAGGUCUUAUUCUUGUAUCAUGACAUUCCACAUCACAAAUAGAAAUGUUCAUUUUUAAGAUAUUUUACUGUUGUGUCAUCAAUAUUUUACAUUCCUAAAAAAGGCACAGAGAAAAACAUUAGUAGUAGGAACUAACAUUUUGUUUUAUAUUGUUUAUCAGUAGUAUUUACAUGCUUUUGCUUGACAACAAAUACUUGAAUGUGUGAUUAGUUUCCAGGGACACCAUGUCUCAAUGUCUUUGAGUCUUGAGCUGUGUUUUGGAAAAAUGAGUUGCCAAGCCUUUUUAACACAGACAAUGAUGGCACUGUAUAAAUACAUUAUUUAUUUUGUGAAAAUAAGUACAAUAUUCAUAUAGAAUUCAUUUAUGAUUCAUUCAUAUAUGUCAAGUAUAUGAAAAUUGUUCUCAAAUACACUUAGCACUGAAGCACAUCUGACAGGCUUGUUUUUUUUUUUUUACUUUUUUUUAAUCCGUGAUGCAUUUUGUAGAUGCUUUGUACCAAAAAAAAAACUCUUUAUUCUCCUUAUGCCAAGUUGUAUUGAUAUUUUUUGUCAUUUGUAUGUUUGAUUUGCCUAGAAUGCCAGUUAAUGCCUAGCAUGGCCAUUUCACCACAAUAAUGAUACCAUAGGAAAAACAGCAGUAUUCAAGAAUGUCUUGAAAUGUAUGUCAAAAUACUAUGUCAGUUAUUUCCAGUGCAUUAUUAUCUUAUCAACUUUAUUAUACAUUUUUUUGUAGAAUUUGUGUAUUAUUUGCACUUGGCCUUUUGUUGUAUUGUGGGUUUAUGUUCUUGGUCAGGUGACUGAUUUGUAGUCACAACUGUUCCUUGAACUUGAUGAUAUCGAGUUGGGUGAGUUAGAGAGUGUGAAAACAAGCUGGGAGAGUUAGAGCGUGUGAUAUAGAGCUGGGUGAGUUAGAGAGUGUGAUAUCAAGCUGGAUGAGAUAGAGAGUGUGAUAUCAAGCUGGGAGAGUUAGAGAGUGUGAUAUAGAGCUGGGUGAGUUAGAGAGUGUGAUAUAGAGCUGGGUGAGUUAGAGUGUAUGAUUACAAGCUGGGAGAGUUAGAGAGUGUGAUAUAGAGCUGGGUGAGUUAGAGAGUGUGAUGUAGAGCUGGGUGUGUUAGAGAGUGUGAUAUAGAGCUGGGUGAGAUAGAGAGUGUGAUAUCAAGCUGGGUGAGAUAGAGAGUGUGAUAUCAAGCUGGGUGAGUUAGAGAGUGUGAUAUCAAGCUGGGUGAGUUAGAGAGUGUGAUAUAGUGCUGGAUUAGAUAGAGAGUGUGAUAUACAGCUGUUCUUUUUUGUUGUUUUGUUCUCCUGAUAUUUUGAAUGAUUGGUUCCUUCCUACAGGUCAGGUGAAUACAGUGCUCUGUAUAUGUGCAGAACAAGAGGAUGUGAAGGUCACACAUCACACCAGGUCACAUUAACAGUCUCAGCCAUCCCUCCAAAUGCAAUGCCAGCAGUAGUCAAUACUACUAGUGUUCCAUCCACCCUCAUCAUACAUCAGUAAAAAAGUUCCUAUGUUGAACAUAAUUAACAAGUGUAAAAACUCAGGAAAUCAUGCACACAUGAAAACACACAUUUAGAGAGAUUUAUAUCGAGGAUGGUGUACAGACUACUUUAAAAAGGACCGCAAUAGUGGAAAAACUACCUGAUAAGUCUAACAGAAUGUAUUUUUGCUUGCUCUGUGAAAUUGACUUUGACCAGUCCCACUGGCAAAGGUAAGGCAGAGGUAAAGAAGAAACAUUCUUGCUACUUCCUCUCCAGCUUUGGCUGGGCAGAGGCGAAGCUCUGUCGGUGUGGAUCAGUGACCUGACCCUGUCGAGCAAAGUGUAUGUCCAAGGGAUUCUGCUUAGUCACGGGGUGUAGGUGUUCUUUCUGAACACUUAAUGGUCUUGCUAUAUAUAUAUAGCAAUAUAUAUAUAUAUACAUAUAUAUAUAUAUAUAUAUAUAUAUAUAUAUAUACAUAUAUAUAUAUAUAUAUAUAUAUAUAUAUAUAUAUAUAUAUAUAUAUAUAUAUAUAUAUAUGUUGGUUUGAGUCAUGUUACAACCCAGUGCAAUUAUGGUUGAUAUUCUUUUAUUUUGAGUUUCUAGACUUGUUUCCCCAAUGACUUUACAUUAUGGUUUGCUGAAUAGUGUUUGUUUCCUCCUAAGACUACAAUCAUAUACGCUACUUGUCUUUUGAAAGACAUAGUUGAAGAGAACCACUUUUUGGAAACUAAGGAUGUGACUUUUAUUUGCCAAUGAGAAUGUUUUAGGAGCUCCCAUGUGUAUUUCACCUCUGCACGUUAGAAAAUGCACUAUCCAUCUACUCUGGUUUAAUAAAACAAUUUAUCAUCUGCCACCA